GAGUACCAGCGGGAAACCCAUCUUCGCAUCUUCGAGUAACGAAACAAAGCGGUGUUGUGCAUGCAAUAAGGAAAACAAUAAUUUGAAUCGUCAGCAAUGGGCAAGAAACACAAGAAACAUCACAAAUCUGAGAAGAAUCUGCCAGAUGUACCAGUCACCAGAGAUUUGAGAGCAGAACCCCCACUUAAACUUGUUCUGAAAGUCGGAGGCAAGUUGCAAGAUGCAAAAACGGGGAAAUUUGACAUAUGUGUGAGCAAGCCGGAGGGCAAGUCGCAUCAUGCAACCUUGGAUGACCCCAGGGAUCACGCGCCCAAGUCCGAGUCCCACAAGAAGAAGAAAAAGAAGAGGAAGUGGCAUGAUGUUCAGAACAGCAACUCAGAGCAGGAAAAGGAGGGAGUGGAGACAGAGGGCAGUCAGGAGGAGCAGCCGAUGGAGACAGACGAACCUAAAGAGGACAUCAAACAGUUGCUAAGCAACAAGAUAAAAAUGUUGAAAAAGCAACGUUGCCCUGAAGAAGAGUCUUCAGAGAAGGCUGAGGAUUUGAUUGAGCAGGGAUCAGUGGCCAGUGAGAGGACGCCCCGCGACCAGGAACAGGAAGUGCAGCGACAGACCCCAAGCAUCAGAGAGAAGGAAAAUAUUGAGGCGAUGAAGGUCCCACUGAAGAAAGUUCUGGAGAGCCUCCAGAAGACCAUUCAAAGGAAAGACGUGGAUCAGUUCUUUGCUUGGCCAGUAAAUGAUGUCAUAGCGCCAGGCUAUUCCAGCAUCAUUCUCCACCCGAUGGACUUCAGCACCAUGAAGAAGAAGAUGGAUGCCAGCGAGUACACAAGCAUUGAGGAAUAUAAGUCGGACUUCUUGCUGAUGUGCGAGAAUGCGACCAUAUACAACCGUCCGGAGACCAUCUACUACAAGGCUGCCAAGAGGCUGCAAGCAGUGGGGCUCAAGUGCAUGAGCAAGGAGAAGUUGUCCAAUUUGAAGCGCACCUUUGGUUACCACGAGAGCUCCGACUUCAUCAAGUUUCGAACCAAGACCAGUAAGAGGUUACCCCAGAUCGACAUGGAUGCAUCAACUGAAGAUUCCAGCAUAAUGGACGUGCUGGAUUCAGAGGAUAGUAACAUACUGCCAACAGUCGGGUCGGGAAGUGUUGCUGAUGGCAAUGAGGAGGAGUCCGCCGAAGAGAUCAUCGAGCAAGCAAUGCAAGCCGCAAAAGAGGCCAGAGAUCGUCUGUCGGCCAGGUGCCCCAACUCAAAGCUGGGCUUCCUGAGGCGGGAUAAGACAGGCACCACCACCCUGGCCGUCCUGAACCCCAGCCUGGCCGGAGCGGAGGAGAGCAAACAGGUCAACCUGGGCAUGCUGACAGGGAGGCUGACCCAGGGCUCGGGCACGCUGCCAGGGUUCAGGGAGGAUAAGCGCAACAAGGCCGUGCCAGUGACCUACAUGACCCAUGGGCCGUUCAGCUCCUACGGUCCCCAGUACGAUUCGUCGUUUGCCAACAUCAGUAAAGAGGACUCUGACCUGUUGUAUUCAACCUAUGGAGAUGAGACUGGCGUGCAGUAUGCUCAAAGCAUAAGGGAAUAUGUUGAAGACUGCGAUGACUAUGUGCUGAAGCUUGUUGACAACCUGCUCAAUACGCUGACUAAAGGCCAACAUACCAAGACCAUGGCUGUAUUACAGAAGAAGCGUGGUGACAAGGAAUCAGAGAAUGCAAACCGCUCAGAUGGCCAGAGCACUUCAGGCAGUGGUACCAGUGAGACGGCCGGUUCCCAAGAUGUGGUCAAGAAGGAAAAUAAGGGGGUCUCAUCCCCCAUCCCGUUUGACUCUCUGCGGACUCUUUCGGACCUGGGCAUCGACGUGUCAUUUCUCCCAGCAUUCGAAAAACUCCUCGGCAGCGAUUCCUAUGCAGCAGCAGCCAGCGACUCGGCCGAAAUUGACAGCAAGCUGAAGAGCACCAGCGAGCUGAUCAGCGACCUGGAGAAGACGCAGUCGGCGCGGCUCAGCCAGAAGCCCCCCAGCCACCUCCAGUUCAUCCCCAAGCCCUCGGAGCAGGAGAGCAGCAUCGCCGAGAAGCUGACCCAGCAGUUACUCCAGCUGACCUCCAAGAUCAAACCCUCAGAUGUAGUGUCUACCGAAGCAGCCAGGGCAGCCAUGGGCAUCACAGCUGAUAUCCAAGGCGAUUUAGUCGAUGAAGUACAGGUACUAGACAAAGCCGACUCACCUCAGCCCUUGGAUGUUCAGGAGCACACCAUCGUAUGAUGACUGUCCCGCAUAAGUUGAUUUAGAUGGCCUUCCCAUUGGACUGUUGUCUAUAGAAACCACAGUGAUGACUGUCUGAAUGUUUCAAGUCUGCUUGGAUCUGUCACAACCGGAGAUUGUCCCCAGGGGAGAGUGGCCACUGAGAGCUUUGUGCACAAAUGACAGAGGACGCUGUUUAAACACAUUCAUAGCACAUUAGCAUUUCUAUUCAUUUGGUCUACGUGCACUGCCCAACAGUGUGAGCCAGUCAGGCUGAUUCCCUACCUCUCCGUAUAGACUUUAGAAGGAGGGGGGGUUGGGAACUAAGUCUGCUUGGAAAGUGCCCACCUCGCUGGUUCCUGUGCGCUUUUGUCACCUUUAGGUCAUUGAAUACCAGGGAAGUGACCUCUAUCAGGGUUGCUUCCCUAAAUCAACCUGAGGCUUCAUUCAUAUGAACUUCACCCACACAGUUAACACCUGUAAGCUGAGCACAGCUUUUUCCACUGUGAAGACAUCCACUUCAGGCUACCACUGCAAAGAGUCAAUGAGACGGUACUGCUCCAUUGUUAGGUCUUACCGAGUGAAGAUAUACUCACCUGUCUCCAUGUACGGGUUGUAACCACAGACUUCAUGCAGGAAUGACUCGUGACCAUUUUUCAAAAUCCGACUUCUAAAUGAUAGCAUCAGGUUCAGCAUCAGUAUUGAAUGUGAGCUUUAGAAGAUGUUCUUUCCAGAAACUGGUUUUUUUUAAUAUGAUAAAACAGGCCUACAUUUACUGAUGGAAUGAAA